CCUAAGUCGUAACGUAACGUAAGUCCCCGAAGUGCCGGUCGCUUUUAUCUUGAUUCUGUCUCGUCUUUAUAUUAAGACAUUACCUCAUUUUAAUUAUAUUGACUCAAGUUUGUUGUUUUCGUUGGAAGAAUUGUAAAAUGGGAGUUCCAGGCGUCAAGACUCCUGAAAAGCCCAAGGGAAGAAUGUUCGUUCACAAAAGAGAUGGCCGAAAAGAAGUGGUUCAUUUUGACAAAAUAACGUCUCGGAUCCAGAAGCUAUGCUAUGGGCUGAACCAAGACUUCAUUGAUCCAGCGGAGAUUGCAAUGAAGGUGAUAUCGGGGCUCUACCCAGGUGUGACAACUGUUGAGUUGGACAACCUGGCAGCCGAGACGGCCGCUACGUUGACCACCCGACAUCCUGACUAUGCCAUCCUUGCUGCUCGCAUCGCUGUGUCCAAUCUACACAAGGAAACCAAAAAAACCUUCUCAGAUGUGAUUGACGACCUCUACAACAUGGUUCAAGAGCUCACAGGACUUAAGACACCAAUGAUUUCUGAUGAAACGCACAAAAUAGUCAUGGAGAAUGCUGAUGUUCUCAAUUCUUCCAUAAUCUAUGACAGAGAUUUUAACUACAACUACUUUGGUUUUAAGACGCUAGAACGCUCGUACCUGCUCAAAAUCAAUGGCAAGGUGGUUGAGAGGCCGCAACACAUGUUGAUGAGAGUUGCCGUUGGCAUCCACGGCCGAGACAUCCAAGCAGCCGUUGAGACUUACAAUUUUCUCUCCGAGAGAUAUUUCACCCACGCUUCCCCCACUCUCUUCAGUGCCGGCACUCCUCGUCCUCAGCUUUCAAGCUGUUUUCUACUGGCCAUGAGGGAGGACAGUAUAGAUGGCAUCUACGACACUCUGAAGCAGUGUGCGCUAAUCUCAAAAUCUGCUGGUGGUAUUGGUGUCCAUGUCCACUGCAUCAGGGCCAAGGGAACGUACAUCGCGGGCACUAACGGAAUGUCGAACGGAUUGUUGCCCAUGUUACGAGUCUUUAACAACACUGCUCGCUACGUUGACCAAGGAGGCAACAAGCGACCUGGAGCAUUCGCUAUAUAUCUGGAGCCAUGGCACGCGGACGUGUUUGAGUUCAUUGCGCUUCGCAAGAACCACGGUGCAGAAGAGGUGCGUGCGCGAGACUUGUUCUAUGCUCUGUGGAUCCCUGACCUGUUCAUGAGGAGAGUAGAGAGUGACACAACAUGGAGUCUUAUGUGUCCACAUAAGUGUCCUGGACUCUCCGAUUGCUGGGGGGAGGAGUUUGACAAACUUUACGAGAAGUAUGAAAGUGAGGGCCGCUACGUGAGGCAGGUGCAGGCUCGCCAGCUGUUCUUCGCCAUCUUGGACGCGCAGGUUGAGACUGGUGUGCCUUACAUGUUGUAUAAAGACGCUUGCAACCGUAAAAGCAACCAGCAGAACCUUGGCACAAUCAAGUGUAGCAACCUGUGUACAGAGAUUGUGGAAUACACCAGCAAAGACGAGGUGGCAGUUUGCAACUUGGCCUCAAUUGCUGUCAACAUGUUCGUUAAGCCUGAUAAAACUUACGACUUUGCCAAGCUGAAGGAAAUCACUAAAGUGGUGACCAAGAAUCUUAACAAGGUCAUCGACGUCAACUACUACCCAAUCCAAGAGGCUAAGAACUCCAACAUGCGUCACCGCCCCAUUGGUAUUGGAAUUCAAGGUUUGGCCGAUGCCUUCAUCCUGAUGAGGCUGCCGUUUGAAAGUGAAGCCGCUCAGAAACUGAACACCCAGAUAUUUGAGACAAUUUACUAUGGAGCUUUAGAGGCCUCUUGUGAGUUGGCUGAAAAACUUGGAACCUAUGAAACAUAUCCAGGAUGUCCGGUUAGCAAAGGGAUCCUCCAAUACGACAUGUGGGGUGUGACACCCACAGAUCUGUGGAACUGGGGCGAACUGAAGGCUAAGAUAGCCCAACAUGGAGUACGCAACUCUCUGCUGUUGGCUCCGAUGCCGACCGCAUCUACUGCGCAGAUCCUCGGCAACAAUGAGAGCUUUGAGCCUUACACCAGCAACAUCUACACGAGACGAGUGCUCUCUGGGGAGUUCCAGGUGGUGAAUCACCAUUUAUUGAGGGAUCUCGUGGAGCUUGGUUUGUGGGACGAAGACAUGAAAAAUCAACUGAUACAAGAAAAUGGCUCCAUUCAGAAAAUUGAGGGUAUCCCUCAAGAGCUCAAGGACCUAUACAAAACAGUGUGGGAGAUCUCCCAGAAGACGGUACUCAAGAUGGCCGCCGACCGUGGAGCAUUCAUUGACCAAUCACAGUCUCUCAAUGUGCACAUCGCUGAACCCUCCUACGCCAAGCUAACGUCCAUGCAUUUCUAUGGCUGGAAAGCAGGUUUGAAGACUGGAAUGUACUACUUGAGAACCAAGCCAGCUGCUAACGCCAUCCAAUUUUCAAUCGACAAAUCAAAAAUGAAGAAAUCUGUUGGUGCUGAAGCAAACGGUUCGACCAAUGGAGACAGCAACUCGAGCAAGAAAGAAGAAGAAGACUCUAAAGCGUACAACAUGAGUGGGAUGGUCUGCUCCCUCGAUAACAAGGACGAGUGCCUAAUGUGUGGAUCAUAAACACUUGUAAAUCUGUGUAAAAAUGUAAAUACCAUAAUUUCCCACACAUUUUCACAUAAGUGCCUGUCCAGAAAAUUGCUUGGACUCUCCAUGAUUUCUAAAGCAUAUUUUUUUAGCUUUUGGAAUUUUUUUGUGUCUAAAGUAAAUUUGUUUAUGUUUAAGAUAUGUGAAGGAUAAAUCGGAAAUUGAAACAUGUUAUGUGUGUAAAAUUGAACAGAUGUGGCUAAAAUGUCUGGUUGUUAAACUAUGUAACUGUAGGAGUAUGCAAUACCUCGCUGUAAUAGCUGCAAUUUUUAGUUUUACACAGUGUUUUGUCCCAAAUGUGUGUUUUUUUAUUGCUGUGAUUUAUUACCAAAAGCUAGCACACGUAGGAAAUGUAAACUUAGCGUGUUUUUAUUGCAUAUAAAUACUGGAACCAGUUAUGUGUCUUUAGAAUUUCUUAUAUCUAAUAAAGUAUUCAUGUUCA